GAAGAAGACACCCUCGCCGCGCUUGCAAAAGAUGUUGACGGCAUACUGACCUGCUUCGCGCAGGUUACGGACAAGGUUGUGCGCGCCGCGGAGAAUUGCGUCGUCAUCGGACGCUACGGCGUAGGUGUCGACAACAUCGCGGUGGACACCGCAACCGAGCUUGGUAUCGCCGUCACCUACGUCCCCGACUACUGCGUAGAUGAAGUAUCCGACCAUGUUAUGGGGCUGCUGCUCGACUGGAAUCGCCGCAUAUCCCUCUUCGACAACUCGGUCAAGGGCGCGGGCUGGGGCAGCGUACCGCUUACGAUGCGAAUUAUGCGGCUGCGCGGCAAGAAACUAGGCGUUGUUGGCCUCGGCAGGAUAGGCAGGGCCGUGUGCGCGAAGGCGCUGGCGUUCGGCUUCGAUGUCCUGACCUACGAUCCUUACAUCUCCGCUGAGCAGGCAUCCGAGGCGGGCGCCCGCUCCGUCGACAUGGAAACGCUCCUACGGGAAUCAGACUUCGUUACGCUCCACUCCCCGCUGACGCCGGAUACCGAGAACCUCAUCGGCGAGGCGGAGCUGGCUCUCAUGAAAGACGACUCCUUCCUGAUUAACUGCGCUCGCGGCCCGCUGAUCGACGAGGAAGCCCUAUACGCCGCCCUUCAGUCCGGCAGCAUCGGCGGCGCUGGGCUGGAUGUGCUGGUGGACGCCCAUCCGUCGCCGGACUACAGGCUGCUGAAGCUGGACAAUGUGCUUGUCACUCCGCAUGUAGCAUUCUUCUCGCAGGAAGCUGUCCUGGAACUCGAAGAGCGCGCUGCCGGAGAAGUUGCCUCUGUUCUGCAGGGGCAGAUGCCCGACAACCUCGUGAACACCGCCGUGCUUACUCACCCCAAUCCGAGGCACGGCCUGUCGGCCUAG